AUGACCUCGGGGACACUUAGGGACUUUCUUCCACCGGCCACUUUCUUCCCAGGAGACCGAGAGAGCAACCCGGCGGUGCUGCGGGAGGCGGUGGAGGCCGUGGUGAGGAGCUUCGCCAAGCACACGCAGGGCUACGGCCGAGUGAAUGUGGUGGAGGCCCUUCAGGAAUUCUGGCAGAUGAAACAGUCCCGUGGGGCUGACCUGAAGAAUGGGGCCCUCGUAGUUUAUGAAAUGGUUCCCUCCAACAGCCCUCCCUACGUCUGCUAUGUCACUCUGCCUGGGGGAAGCUGCUUUGGGAGUUUCCAGUUUUGCCCCACAAAAGCUGAAGCCCGGCGGAGUGCUGCAAAGAUCGCACUAAUGAACUCUGUGUUUAAUGAACAUCCUUCCCGAAGAAUCACUGAUGAGUUCAUUGAGAAGAGUGUCUCUGAGGCCCUGGCAUCUUUCAAUGGCAACAGGGAGGAAGCUGAUAACCCGAAUACAGGGAUUGGUGCCUUCCGAUUCAUGCUGGAAUCCAACAAGGGCAAGUCAAUGCUGGAGUUCCAGGAACUAAUGACAGUCUUUCAACUGCUGCACUGGAACGGCAGCCUCAAGGCCAUGAGGGAAAGGCAGUGCUCUCGGCAGGAAGUGCUGGCCCAUUACUCCCACCGCGCCCUGGAUGACGACAUUCGCCACCAAAUGGCACUGGACUGGGUGAGCCGGGAGCACAGUGUGCCAGGCGCGCUGACCAGAGAGCUGGCCUCGACCGAGCAGGAGCUGGAUGAAGCCCGGCUGGCAGGCAAGGAGCUGCGCUUCCAUAAAGAGAAGAAAGAUAUUCUCACGCUGGCUGCCGGGCAGUUGGGCAGCACGCACCCUUGCAACUGCUAGGCACCCGCCCGCACAUCCCUACCCGCCCCGCGGCCUUUCUAUACUCCUUUCUAAGACUUAGGGUGACUUCUGUACAUACUUCCUCAAUUUUAUACUUAAAAGACCAUCUAUAUGGACAAGUUCUACGCCUGGGUUCCUCCUGGUCAAGUUCUGAACACGGCUUUAUUUGAAACGUCUCCACUCCACUCCACGAGAACAGAUUGUCUUGGGGAUUUGUUGGCUCUCCUGCUCCCAGUAACUGUAUAGUCAUUUCCGUAGCACAGAAUGACUGACAAAGGGCUCGAGUUCUUCUUUGACAAUAAUAGGGCACUUGAAUAGGGACGAUGUGAACGGCGUCUCCUCCUGCCUUCUCAGCUCAGACGGGGACCGGUAGAAGGCUCUGGCUUUUGACUGUCUUGAGCUGGGCCCGCUUGGUACCCGCUUGUCCCCCAGUAUCUAGGCUGCCCGAGCCUCCCACGUCCUCCCCACCGCUACCUUACUCCCAUCUUUGCCUCCGGGUGCUGCUUCCUUUUAAGGUUCCCUGAUUUUAUUAUUUGGAAGUGGAGAUCAGUUUCUUGUUUUAAAAGUCAUUCACGAGAAACUGCCCAGGAGCAGGGAGGCAUUGCAAACCUAGCUCCUGGAGGCUUAUCAGAUAAGGUGCUCUGGACCACAGCCACCAACUGUACCCUACACCACAGAAGGGGUCAGGGUUGAAGCUGCUUCUCUUUGAAUAUGCCCUCCCCUGCCACUGCAGCUAUGUGGGGUCCUGUAUUUCCACCUGCCUGCCUGCAGAGGCUGGUAGAAGGCAAAACAUAUUUUUCCUUUCACUCCCUGCCAUCGUUUGCUCUUUGGAAACAGGAUCUGUUCCUCCUUGGUGAGAGCCAUGUUUCUCACUUCCAAGAAGCUGCUUCUGUUUAUUACCUUAGAUGUACAUACCGUAGAUUCCAUUUGUUUUUUCUUUCCUCUUCCUUCACAUUAUUAAGAGGAUGAGUCAAUCAGAAAAGUGAGAUUAGACUUUGGCAUUCUGCAACCUGGGAAGGCUGCAGGAAAGAAUCAAUGAUUAGCUAUUUGUAUUUUUAAUCCAUGUGGCUUCCUCAGCCUCUGUCCUGGGUAAAAUAGGAGGAAAUGAUGUGAAAUAUAGCUAAAGCAUUCCUCUUUGGGAGAAUUUUUUUUAGGUCUCUCAAAGAUUUAUUUUCUCCCUUUUUCUGAAAUCUCCUUUAUACUAUUUGGUGCUCAGUGCACUUUUUCUAAACUGAUUUUGGGAAGUUUAAUGCUCUUACUAGGAGACUUUCUGCUUAUUUAUAUACUUUGCUUCUAGAACUAGUUUAGGACACAGACCAAAAUUUCCUUUUGGAUCAGGUAGGGACAAGAUGAAAGUCAGCUUUUGAAAUUAUCUUGGUGACCAAGACAUGUGAGAUCAGAGGUAAGGAAUAUAGUAACAAUUGUAUUAGUACUUGUAAGGGCUUCCUUGAAUUCUCCAUGUCCUGACUAUAUUCUGAAGCACAUCUAGAGUUGAAGUAGAGGCGCCUACAUUAAAUAAUAGGUGUGUCUAUUCAUUUUUUACUGAAUGUUUAUAAUACAAAAAAAUCACAAAUCCUCAUUUCUCCUAUAUUCCUUUCUCUGGGAAAUGUUAAGGGGUGUGAGUUGUGGGAAGAACUUUUUCUUGCACCUUCUGGGUUUAUUAUUUUUUUCUCAAAUACCAACAAGUAAGAUCCCAAAGAACUUGAGAAAAAUUGUUUCCUGAUCUGUCCACUUUUGGUGAUAAGUAUUUUACACAUCUUUUCAGUACUUUCUAUGUAAAUUUUAUACAAUUAAAAAUAGACUUUUGUCUAGAAAGCAAGACUGACUCUUUCUUGAGGCCAGUGUAUCAGAGAAGCUCGAAAGUGACCCUUUCUCUUACAUACAUUCUGGAAAAAGUACUUUACCU